AGAACAAAAUCCUUUUUCCCUUCACAAUUUAUAACCAUUGAACCAAACCCUCCCUAUAUAUAUCCUCACCCAUAACACUCUUCAAAUCUCAUCCAACACAUCUUCAAAGUUCUUCAAUAUUAUAAUUAUAAUUAUUAUAAUCAUACUAAAAAAAACAUGUCUUCCUCUAGCUUGAAAGUUGUUCUCUCACUCAUUAUUUCCACGUUUACCCUUGUGACAGUCACUAGGGCUGGUGACCCCGACAUACUAACCGACUUCAUAAGCCCGAUAACUGGCCCAGUCGAUGCAAACUACUUCACCUUCUCGGGCUUUCGAGUCCUUGUUCAACCCCCAAGCCCAAACCCACCACCUUUCAAAGCAAUAAAAGCAAGCAUGGCAGAAUUUCCAUCAUUGAAUGGACAAAGUGUGUCAUAUGCUGCUCUUCAAUUCCAACCUAACAGCAUAAAUCCACCACACACACACCCACGUUCAGCUGAACUACUCUUUGUUGUUCAAGGUUCACUUCAAGUUGGGUUUGUUGACACAACUAGUAAACUCUUCACACAAAAUCUUUCAGUUGGUGAUAUGUUUAUAUUCCCAAAGGGUCUUGUUCAUUUUCAACAUAAUGCUGAUCAAAAGGUUCCUGCUCUUGCUAUAUCAGCUUUUGGUAGUGCCAAUGCUGGAACUAUUUCACUCCCUGGUACAUUGUUUAAUACCUCUAUUGAUGAUACUGUCUUGGCUUUGGCUUUCAAGACUGAUGUUACCACUAUUCAAAAUUUGAAGAAAGGUUUUACUUCUUAGUAAGGCUUGGUGAUGGGUGCAUUUGUGUUUUUCUAAUGUUACAUUAAUUUUUUCCUUCUUUGUAUUAUUGUUCAAUAAGUUCUUUUAUGAAUAAGUCUGAAAUGGACAUUGUUUGAUUGUGUUUGUUCAAUCAAUGAAGUUAGUGUUUUCUUCAUCUUAAUUGAUUAUGUUUGCUCAUAGCUUCAUUUAUUCUUGAAAUACAAGAAAAUCUACUAACAAAUUUAAUUAGUUACUUUACUUACUUAAAAAAAAAAACAAAUUAAUUAGCUUUAACUCCCUCAAAUUACGUCGCACAAUAAAUUUGUAUCUGAUACAUAUAAUAUAAAAGUAAUUAUUGACUUAAAAGUUUAAAU